UGAUUGGCUGAGAACACAGGCGUUGAAGCUUGAACAUUCUGUCAAAUAAUUGCCAACAGGGAGAGAGCUGCAAUGAUUUCAGAUUCAUGCAAAAAUGCCUUCGUUUGGACAUCGCAGUAGUAAGCACAUACAAUACCUGUGGAGUCUGGACACAACCUUGGUGUAAAAAGAGACAGUCUUCCGAUGGAUUGCAGGUCAUGAGUGGAAUAGUCCAACAGAUCUCUGUAGGUGCAGCCACCCCCUACUUCCUGCGAGUGGACUGGGCCGUAGACCUGGGUGCUGGAUUCACAUUAGCUCUCACCGAUGGACACUCGGCGUGGAUCGGAGAGGUUUCAGAAGAUGAGGUGACAAAAGAAGCCAACGACUUGGGAGCCACAAGGGACAGAUAUGUUGAGGAUCUUCUUCAAGCGCUAACAGGAGGAGGAGGAGGAGGAGGAAGUGGAGGAGGAGGAGGAGGAAGGAGAAAAGGAGACAAGGCUGUGUAUUCAUUCCACGUCACAACAGAUCACUGCCAUCUCUCAUAUCAGAAGAUCUGUAAUGACAUCUCGGGGGAAGCCAAAAGGAGCAACUAG